CACACACACACACAAAUUGAAAGUAGAAUUUUGCUGUCUUGCUAUAUCCAGCUCCAAAUUAUGACAUGCUAAGUUCCUAGUGUUGUUAAGAAACAAGAGUGAUUGGUUUAUAGUAUUAUUAUAUUAUUGUACUAGUAAUAAUCAUGGAAUAAACCAAACACAAACAAUGAAAAUAGUAAAGUGAUUAUGAUUAUGCGCCGUUAUCGUUAUGAACUAAAAGCAAUUUGAAUAAACCGAAGCCUCUCUCUCUUUAUCUCUCUCUCUAUUUCUCUCGAAAACAUCACAACCAGCUGUGGACGCUACAUAGCUAUCAAGCUCUCUGACCUCUCUCUCCUCCUCCACUCUUAUUACUACUGCCAAACUCCACAGAUUCAACCUCCCAAAUUUUCUGCUUUCUGCAUUCUUCUUCUUCUUCUCUUUGCUUUUUGUAGAGAGGGAAUGGCAGAGAUCAGUCCGCAGCAGAAGGAGGAUGUGGCAGCGGCUACACCAGACGCUCACAAUGCGGCCAUGAAAAUCCAGAGGGGGCAGGAUAUGUACAAGGCUGGUGGUGAGGAGAAACCCUCCAAAGGUGAAGUUCUCGGUUGGUACAUGUACGGACUCUGCUCCUACUUCGUGCACACCGUCCUCAUUCCCAUUGUCUUCCCGCUUAUUAUUAGCCAGACGGUGUCGGAUCCGCCGCCUCCGCCGCAGGGCUGGGGGAGGAGCUAUCAGGAUGUCAAGUGCAAGCAAAGCGAAAUGCUACUAUAUGAAGAACUGGUGCACAGGGCAAUUAAACUCGGUGGCAAGAAUUUGUCCCCGCUGGAGUGGACUUCGAUCUCUUGGUUCACAGGAUUGAUUCUGUCAGCGCCUAUACUGGGCAUUGUGUCGAUCCUCCUUGAUUACAGCCACUAUCAGCAGGUUAUAGCUGGUGCAGCCACCAUAAUCGGUGCUAUCUUCUGCCUCCCAGCGGGCUUUUUCAAGAAAUCGUGGAUCUUUCCACCGUACAUCGCUAUCAUUGUGGCAGCAAACACCAUUGUUGGCGCAGCUCAUGCCCGCCACCUUGGCCUGAUGAUCCGCGGAUUCACAGGCUCCAUCAUACCACGACACCAGUUUGCAAACAGAAGAUCCUUCGCCAGCUGGCUGUCUCUUUACUCAACGGCAGCUGGCUGCUUGGGAGCUGCAAUCAUGUCUUCCUUCACAUACCACAUGUUCAGCCACAAAGACCACUUCACAGCUUUGUGGGUUGUUUCCAUAUUCAGUGGCCUCAUAUGGGGUCUAGGAAUGAUCCACAUUUUCAGCACGGACAGAGCCACAACAACAUACAACAAUGCACCAUCAAAUUCUGCUUCUGCAACCCAUGUGGUAUCCAUCUUCAGAUAUCCACAUGCAGCAGGGAGUCUUGCCGGAGUUUUCCUAUCAUCUUUCAUAACAAUGUGCAUUUUCGGAGCAGCAUUGCUUCAUGCCAUAGGAUACAGUUGCUUCGAAACAAAGAACAUAUUGUUUCUUUGGCUAACAUAUUUCAUGGUUCCUAUCAUUUCUCUUCCACUGGUGCAUCCACUUCAGCAAGCCAUGAAACUAGACGCAGAGAAAAUGCAGCUUCUUGGCCUCAUAUUGUCUACUUUGGCAUCAGGCUUUGGUUUCUAUUAUAAAGGAGCCAUGUGGACUAAAGGCCAUCUUUUUUUCUUUGCAGCCGUACAGGGCUCCGCUACAGGUUUCCUGCAUGCUUUUGGGAGGGUUCUGUGGUUGGAUUGUUCUCCUGCAGGUAAAGAAGGUGCAUUUUCUGUGUGGUUUUCAUGGGCACGAGCACUGGGAGCUUGUGUGGGAUUCGCAGUUUCAACUUCCAUACCUCGAAAUGUAGGCAGAUCGUUUGGAGCAGCGUUCUGCGCAGGGAUCAUAGGGAUGGUUAUUCUGAUAUUUGGAAACAUCAGCAGCUUCAAAGGAGCGAAAGCAGCCGGGCAUGUCAUCCAAAGUGGGAGGAAUUCCCCUGUGCGUGAAUUCGAUGAAGAUCAUUCCAAGAGUUCUGCUUUAUCUGAAGCUAAAGGGAGGACUGAAGUUUAAAGGCUGUUCACCCUUUUUCAUUUCUUUUUUGUUUGUUUGUUUUUCUUCCUUCUUUUUCUCUUUCUUGAUGUACUUAAUAAGUUUGGAUCUAUUUCAUAUUCUUUUGUAAAAGAGGCAUGGCCUGUGUGGGGGCUGUAAAGUUUACUUGUGAUGCUUCUAUAAAUUAUCAGGUUUUACUUUUA